AUGCUGCGCGUCACCCCCAGCUGCUGCGCCAGCAAGGUGACAGCCGGCAAUGCCAGGAAUCAAGCUGGAUCGCCGCGGCGAAAAGCUAAGAUCUUUCACGUCAUACCCGGCACCCCUGUCACACCGGUAGAGAAACUGAAGGAGCAACGCCGCCGCUUUGGCCAGGACCGGUACUCGCGGCAGCCCGAGUACAGGCCAGGGCGCAAUGUCCGCAUGGACCCCAACAGCUUCACCCUGUAUGCAACGACGAAGGGUGUCAUGACAAUCCGCACCUCACGCAUAAACCCUUCGUACAAGUGGCUCGACGUGGAGCCGGACAUUCAGAAGGUUUUUCGUAGUCGAUGCAUGCGCGCUGCCCUGCAGGCUCGUGGGAAGGCCUCCAUGAUGGUGGGGGACAACGUGCACUACCGCGCUGAACUGGAUCAUGUGACGGAGCCACAGUGGCGCGAGCGGGUGAUGCAGGUGUCGAAGGCAACAGAGCGCUUUCAAGACCCUAACUGCUUUACUCGUGGACUGGUGCCUGCCCUGCGCCCGCUUAGCCGCUACUCGUACGAGUGA